CCUUACGAAAGAAGGGUGAGUCCCAAACUACUACACAGGCCUGUUCUGGAUUACAGUAAUAUUACAGAUGGCCGCUCAGGGUCAUAUACCACUCAGGAAACAUUCCGAUUUCCCGCCGAGAAAGAUGCGACAUUUACUGUCAACUGUAACACAGACGGAAUUCGGAGCCUUGGUCCAUCCUAUUCUGUGGAGAAAAACAACACCAUUUUCCCAGACAAGCCUGCUCACAAGGAUAACCAAGCUGACCACUAUUCUCUGGGUUUACCAAAAUAUGGAAACCCUAACGAACACGAUUGGACGGAUGUUCCUUUACCUGGGAACGUUACGCCUGUAAAUUCACAACAUAGAGAAAAAGGCCAUAGCUCAACAGAGGACGAAUGUACAAACUUCAGAAAAAACUCGAUGCUGAAAAACAGAAAUCUUUUAGUGUCAAUGACGGAAACAUGGAUUCUGGGGUUGGGAAACCAUUAUGGGGGCCAUCUUAUCGCACUGUGGACUAUACAGUGUAUUCGUUAACAGGGUCUGGCGAGUCAAACAGAGAAUACCAGACUUGGUCUGGACUGCAGACCUCGGACGGCAAAUAUAAUUUAAGAGACAGGAUUAACAGUCCUUUGUCUGAUGAAUGGAAAAAAAAGAUUGAUGAAUUGUUGCACCUCGUUGACGCAGUUGAUGAAAUGGAAACAGGAGGCCUAGGAUUGGUCCAUACAGAGCAAGAUAAAGUUUAUAUGGUACAGGAUUGUUUAUGUCUAAAUAUAUAA